GAGAGAGAGGCUUGAGGGGGGAAAGGAAAGCUUAAAUACCGGCCUUGUGGAACGCCAAGGGAGAGGCCGGCUAUUCAUCAUCGGCCAGUGUCUCCGUCAAACACAAAAACAGAGAGAGAGAGAGAGAGGGAGGGGGAGAGGGAAAGAGAGAUUCGGUGAAGGUCGAGAGCUUCUCUAUUUCCAGGUGUGAGAACAAUGGGUGCCGGUGGCCGAAUGGCUGUUCCCCCGACUUCAAAGAAGUCUGAAUCUGACAGUCUGAAGCGAGUUCCGCACUCAAAGCCCCCAUUCACUCUCAGCCAGAUCAAGAAAGCUAUCCCACCUCAUUGCUUUCAGCGAUCUGUACUCCACUCUUUCUCCUAUGUCGUAUAUGACCUCAUUAUAGCUUCUCUCUUCUAUUAUGCUGCUACGAAUUAUUUCCACUACCUUCCUCAACCUCUCACUUACCUGGCUUGGCCAAUUUAUGGGUUUGUCCAAGGUUGUGUCCUAACUGGCGUUUGGGUCAUAGCUCAUGAGUGUGGCCACCAUGCCUUCAGUGACUACCAAUGGCUUGAUGACAUUGUUGGCCUAAUCCUCCACUCCUUUCUUCUGGUACCUUAUUUCUCCUGGAAGUAUAGCCAUGGCCGCCAUCAUUCUAAUACAGGUUCCCUUGAGCGGGAUGAAGUCUUUGUCCCCAAGAAAAAAUCCAGCAUCGCAUGGUACUCCAAAUACCUUAACAAUCCACCAGGCCGAGUCCUGACACUUGCUGUCACACUCACUUUAGGCUGGCCUCUGUACCUAGCAUUUAACGUUUCAGGCAGGCCCUAUGAUCGGUUUGCAUGCCACUAUGACCCUCAUGGGCCUAUCUACUCCGAUCGUCAACGGCUCCAGAUCUACAUUUCUGAUGUUGGUGUUCUUGCUGUCUUCUAUGGGCUUUACCGUCUUGCCAUUGCAAAAGGGCUUACUUGGGUUCUGUGUGUUUACGGUGGACCUUUGUUGGUAGUGAAUGCGUUUUUGGUGUUGAUCACGUUUUUGCAGCACACUCACGCCUCAUUGCCCCAUUAUGAUUCCUCUGAGUGGGACUGGUUGAGAGGAGCGUUGGCGACUGUUGAUAGAGAUUAUGGAAUCUUGAAUAAGGUUUUCCACAACAUCACAGAUACUCAUGUGGCACAUCAUUUGUUCUCGACGAUGCCUCAUUAUCAUGCAAUGGAAGCUACAAAGGCGAUAAAGCCAAUUUUGGGAGAUUACUAUCAGUUUGAUGGGACGCCGUUUUAUAAGGCAAUGUAUAGGGAGGCCAAGGAAUGCAUUUAUGUUGAACCAGAUGAAGAUGGCCAGAGCAAAGGUGUCUUCUGGUACGGCAAUAAGCUGUGAUCGAUGAUUAGAACUGGCAAAAGUGCUGGUUGGUAAGUUUCAGAUUGUUGUUUGGAUAUUAAUAAUAGCUUUGCCUUUCCCAGUAAGUUAGGUUGUCUGCUUGCUUUGAAUUGGACCUCCAGUCUUGCUUGUGCUUUCCAGUAAUUUUGUUGUCUCCAUAUCAUGCUGGAAAUGGACACAAGCAUUAUUUGAUGUCUGGUUUAUGUUAUUUUGUCUGAAUAUGUUGGCUUCUUUCUUGAACAAUAAGCAGAGCCAGCACAUUUUAUUCUAUUUUGACACUCUUCUAUAAAGCUUUUGAUCUCUCUCUC